AAGCGUCAAGCCAAACUUAAGGCCAAGGCUAUAAUUAGAGGACACCAGGAGGUAUAUAAGCCCCCUGGGGGAUGAGGCCCAGACGCGGCUUCACACAGUCUUCUCUUCUUUGAGCUUCUUAAACUUCACAUACACACCGUCUCAACAUGGCACCCAAGAAGGCCAAGAGGAGGGCAGGUGGAGGAGAGGGAUCCUCCAAUGUGUUCUCCAUGUUUGAGCAGAGCCAGAUCCAGGAGUACAAAGAGGCUUUCACAAUCAUUGACCAGAACAGAGAUGGAAUCAUCAGCAAGGACGACCUGAGGGACGUGUUGGCCUCAAUGGGUCAGUUGAACGUGAAGAAUGAGGAGCUGGAGGCCAUGAUCAAGGAGGCCAGCGGCCCCAUCAACUUCACCGUCUUUCUCACCAUGUUCGGAGAGAAGCUGAAGGGUGCUGAUCCCGAGGACGUCAUUGUGUCAUCUUUCAAAGUCCUGGACCCCGAGGGCACAGGCACCAUUAAGAAGCAGUUCCUGGAGGAGCUUCUGACCACUCAGUGCGACAGGUUCUCCGCAGAGGAGAUGAAGAACCUGUGGGCCGCCUUCCCCCCAGAUGUGGCCGGCAACGUCGACUACAAGAACAUCUGCUACGUCAUCACACACGGUGAGGAGAAGGAAGAGUAAAAAUCGAAGUGAAGAAGAAGAAGAGAUGAACGCGCGUCCCUCACAAACGCUCCGCCCCGCCAGCCCGUCCUUUGUCCCUCCUUUUCUUGCUUCCUUCCUUUUUGUUACUCUCGAGCACUUCGUCCCUUUCACGCCCUCCUCCAAAAGACUCGUCUUGUCUCGUCAAAACACGCCGGCGCAGGAAAUCCGUGUCUGUGGCGUCUGUCCGUGGGGGAAAAAAAAAGGGAUUCGUUUGCAAUAAAGUUCUUUUACCAUCGUCUUGAUCUCUCUUUCUGUCGCUCCUAUUUCUUUCCUCCUCUCUUUUCUUCAUUUUCUUCCACCACCUAUUGGCUCUAGCUGCAACAGCUGUUUUGUUUUUUCUUCUUUUUCUGGGGGGAGGGGAUGAGGGUGAUGAACCGGCUGGUCAAAGAAAAAACAAAAAUGGAGGGAUUUCCUUCUACAAUAGAAAAAUCCAGCAUCCAGUGUCAGCCAUCUCGUUUUCCUCACUCCAACCAGAAAAGAACGAGAAGUGUCCAAAAACAAAAAGGGGGGAACAGCUGGAGCGAUCGAUGAAGAGAGAAGAGAAAGUCAAGACAGUAGAGGAGUGGAGAGAGGUGACAGAAAGAAACCAUUCCCUUCUUCUCUCCCUCUCUCCCCUCAUCUUUUUUCGCAAUCCCUCGCUUCCCUCAUGCUUUUGCUCUGUCACCAACUCCUCUGUAAGCAAUAAAAAGAGAGAAACUGUGAAUAAAGCAACCUUAUCUUUCGUA